CGCCCCCUGGUGGUCACUAGAGAGAAUGCAGUGUGUCCCAUCAACAUGAAGCUUCUUCUUGUCUCCGUUCAUUAAUGUUCUCUCUGUGUCGUUGUCCUCUCUCUGCAGAGUCCUACCAGUUUCCAGGUUUUCAGGGUUUGCUUCAGGACAACGACACGCUGCGUCUGGGUCUGGACUUCCAGAGGUUGUUACGCAUCAACCACAUGUUGUACAUCGCUGCCAGGGAUCACGUGUUUGCAGUGAACCUGACGACGGCUUCAGAGGCGUUCGUCCCUCGGCUGAAGCUGACGUGGCGAUCCAAAGACGUCAGCAAGUGUACGGUCAGAGGGAAGAACAGCGACGAGUGCUACAACUACGUCAAAGUUCUGGUGCCACGAAACGACGAGACGCUGUUCGCCUGCGGCACCAACGCCUUCAACCCCACCUGCCGAAACUACAAGAUGACGUCUCUGGAGCAGGUCGGGGAGGAGCUGGUGGGUCAGGCUCGGUGUCCCUUUGAGUCCGGUCAGUCCAACGUCGGACUGUUCGCUGGUGAGUCAUCAAACACUCGUUCAUCUCGUCUCUCUGUGUGAUGUAUUCACAACCUCCAUCUCCACGUGUGUAGUCAGGGAAGUAUUCAAGUCCUCUACUGCAGUAAAAGUACGAAUACCACACAAUGAGAGUACUUUACCACAAGGAAAAGUCCCA